AUGGCAUUCCGACAAAAAGUCGAAGCGACCAUCAAGUCCUUCUUCGAGGCAUACACAGACGGCGAAAAGCAUAAUGACGCCUCAAUCAUCAACCGCGAGGUCAGCACAGACUGCACCCGCCAACUGCUCCCCCGUUCCAUGACCAAAGCAUUUGGCAUACCGGGCGAUUUCAUCCUUGACAACGCGGCCUACCAAACACAGUUCGCCAAGGACAUCGCCGUCUUCAUAGUCGGGGCCACUACUACUUCAAACCUCGUCGUCGACUCCGAAGCUCGAAAGGCCGCACUUACGUCCUCUUCGAAUAUUAAGUUCAAAGACGGCUCAGAGAAUCUUCAAUUGGAAUUCAGUUGGUUCUUUGACUUCAACGAGGACGGUUCCAAGGUCACGAAGGUUAUCGAGUUCUGCGACAAGGAUUCAGUGAUGCUCAUGCAUAGCAAGGUCAGUGCGAACGAAUCGCACGUCCUAGAUGCUAAGACAUGA